CCAACGAUUUGAUUACAGAAAGGCCCAAGGCAAUGGUAACAUUAGUACACGGUGGAGCAACACGAGAAAGAAGAAAACCCCAAAACCCCAUCGUUUCCCCUUGACUUAGACGUCGUUACCAGGAAGCCUCCCAUUUCCUUGCUGAAAAUUCAAGCAAUGAGUUACGUGCAGGAAGCUCGUGAGAAUCACAUUAAAAAAAAAGUUGAAGAAGCUUUGAGGAGCAAGAUGAAGCGGAAGGCACUAAAAGAAUGUGAUCAGUACACUUCGAAGUAUGCGCAAUGUGCUGCUGGGAAGACUAUUUCUAUUGUACGGCAAUGUCGUAAACAAGCUAAAGAAUUGAACAACUGUCUUCGUCAAUUCACCAAUGAUGCUGUGUUGGAAGAAAUGAAGAAAGAAUACAUGCUUCAUGAAAAUCAGAAAGGAACUUCAAGAGUCUAAGCUCAUUUCCCUUUCCAGUGCUGGGCUACAGAGCCUUGCAAUCAAGUAUUCGGCAUACAACUUAUUUGUUUUAAUCCAUAUGGUUUCCCUGGAACUUGUAUCUUCUGCAUUGAUUAAAUGGUGGACCUAUCUGGAACUGCAGCU